UUGAAGGAAUUUUUUCAGAGUCAUCAUAAAAGGAGUGUCUUCAAACUCUUAGUUAGCGGAUGGGGAGAACGGGAAAGAUAUCAAUACCGGGUAACGGAUGUCAAGGGCAAUGAGUGUUGGCGUAUAGCACGUCCUGGACAUUCGGAACAUCGCCUUGGCAACGAUAUUCGGGAGCAGGGCAAUAUAAUUGUUCAGCCUGAUCUUGGGCAAAGUUUAUGGGGCUACAAAUAUGUAGAACUCUCCUUGGCCACUACCUUGGAUUAUGUGCUUCUUGCGAUUGGUACGCUGGCGUCGUGUAUUCAUGGCGCUGGAUUCUCAGUACUCGGUAUUGUACUCGGUGGUAUGACGACAGUCUUUCUCAGAGCUCAAAACUCAGAAUUCGUUCUGGGCACUGCUAGUCGAGAUCCGGAAGGACUACCAGCGCUUACUAAGGAAGAAUUCGACACACUAGUACGUAGGUAUUGCUUAUACUAUCUUGGAUUAGGCUUUGCUAUGUUUGCAACAUCUUAUAUACAGAUUGUAUGUUGGGAGACGUUCGCUGAACGGAUAACGCAUAAAUUACGAAAAAUUUAUCUGAAAGCUAUACUUCGGCAGCAGAUCUCAUGGUUUGACAUCCAACAAACAGGAAAUCUCACAGCUCGUCUUACCGAUGAUCUCGAACGUGUUCGUGAAGGACUCGGUGAUAAACUGUCACUUUUUAUACAAAUGAUGUCUGCAUUUGUGGCUGGUUUCUGUGUAGGAUUCGCGUAUAGUUGGUCAAUGACACUCGUGAUGAUGGUCGUGGCGCCGUUUAUAGUUAUUUCAGCGAAUUGGAUGUCAAAAAUCGUUGCUACUAGGACCCAAGUGGAACAGGAAACCUACGCUGUUGCCGGUGCUAUAGCAGAAGAGACUUUCUCAUCGAUACGGACCGUACACUCGUUAUGUGGCCACAAAAGAGAGCUCACAAGGUUGGCUACAGGCUAUUACGAUGUCUACCGUAAUGCAGACGGUUAUAUGGCAGCGUUGGAAAAAGGACGUCAGACGGGUCUUGUCAAAUAUUUCUAUAUGGGUGUUGGUGAUUUGGUCAGAUGUAAAGGACGUCAGACGGGUCUUGUCAAAUAUUUCUAUAUGGGUGUUGGUGUAGGAUUUGGUCAGAUGUGUACCUAUGUGUCUUACGCCUUAGCUUUUUGGUAUGGUAGUGUCCUAAUAAUCAACGACCCAACACUGGAUCGUGGCCGAAUUUUCACUGUCUUUUUUGCGGUAAUGUCCGGCUCAGCAGCUCUUGGCACCUGUCUGCCACAUCUUAACACCAUAUCCAUCGCUCGAGGAGCGGUACGAAGUGUACUGUCAGUGAUCAAUAGUCGCCCAAAAAUCGAUCCCUAUUCGUUGGAUGGCAUUGUUCUGAACAAUAUGAGAGGAUCUAUUCGUUUCAAGAACGUACACUUCUCAUAUCCUUCACGAAGUACAUUGCAGAUAUUGAAAGGUGUGUCACUGCAAGUGUCGGCUGGCCAAAAAAUUGCUUUGGUGGGUUCAAGUGGUUGUGGAAAGUCAACAAUCGUCAAUUUACUAUUGAGAUUUUAUGAUCCAACACGAGGAAAGGUAACCAUAGAUGAUAUUGACGUCCGUGAUCUCAACGUUCAAAAACUUCGUGAACAAAUCGGUGUUGUUAGUCAGGAACCAGUGCUUUUCGAUGGAACAUUAUUCGAAAAUAUCAAGAUGGGUUAUGAACAGGCCACAAUGGAGGAGGUCCAAGAAGCGUGUCGUGUGGCGAAUGCCGCUGACUUCAUCAAAAGACUUCCGGAAGGUUACGGUACCCGAGUUGGUGAACGUGGUGUGCAGCUAAGUGGCGGACAAAAACAGCGUAUCGCCAUUGCUCGUGCGAUCAUCAAGAACCCUCGUAUACUACUGCUCGAUGAGGCCACCAGUGCUCUGGAUACCGAAGCGGAAUCAAUCGUGCAAGAAGCUUUGGAGAAAGCUCAAAAAGGACGAACGACCGUCAUUGUAGCGCAUCGUCUGUCUACCAUCAGAAAUGUGGAUCAGAUUUUCGUAUUCAAGAAUGGAACGAUUGUUGAGCAGGGCACACAUGCUGAGUUGAUGAACAAACGAGGAGUAUUCUUUGAAAUGACUCAAGCACAAGUCCUUCGACAAGAGAAGGAAGAGGAAGUCUUAGACAGCGAUGCGGAAUCCGACGUCGUGUCACCGGAACUUGCCUUACCCCAUCUAAGUUCACUUCGAUCACGUAAAGAGUCUACAAGAAGUGCUAUAUCCGCGGUUCCCAGCGUUCGAAGUAUGCAGAUUGAAAUGGAGGACCUCCGUGCCAAACCAACCCCAAUGUCGAAAAUUUUCUAUUUCAACCGUGACAAAUGGGGAUAUUUCAUUUUGGGACUCAUCGCCUGUAUUAUAACUGGAACUGUUACACCGACAUUUGCAGUUUUAUAUGCCCAGAUCAUACAGGUAUACUCGGAACCUGUUGAUCAAAUGAGAGGCCAUGUGCUGUUCUGGUGUGGAGCUUUCAUCGUUAUUGGUCUCAUACACGCAUUUGCGUUCUUCUUUUCGGCUAUUUGUCUGGGUCGUUGUGGCGAAGCGUUAACGAAAAAGUUACGUUUCGAGGCGUUCAAGAACCUUCUUCGACAGGAUGUGGGAUUCUACGACGAUAUCCGACAUGGUACCGGUAAGCUCUGUACGCGAUUUGCUACAGAUGCACCCAAUGUUCGAUAUGUGUUCACUCGACUUCCGGGUGUACUUUCAUCGGCGGUGACAAUAAUUGGAGCUUUGGUUAUUGGAUUUAUCUUCGGGUGGCAGCUGGCUUUGAUUCUUAUGGUCAUGGUACCGUUGAUCAUUGGCAGUGGAUACUUCGAGAUGCGCAUGCAGUUUGGUAAAAAGAUGCGUGACACAGAACUUCUUGAAGAGGCUGGGAAAGUUGCCUCUCAAGCCGUGGAGAAUAUUCGUACCGUACACGCCCUUAAUCGGCAAGAGCAGUUCCAUUUCAUGUACUGCGAGUAUUUGAAGGAACCGUAUCGAGAAAAUCUUUGCCAGGCGCACACGUACGGGGGUGUGUUCGCGUUUUCACAGUCGUUGUUAUUCUUUAUGUAUGCUGUAGCAUUUUGGAUUGGUGCAAUCUUCGUGGACAACCAUAACAUGCAACCGAUUGAUGUUUACCGUGUAUUUUUCGCGUUCAUGUUUUGUGGACAAAUGGUCGGCAACAUUUCGUCCUUCAUUCCUGACGUUGUUAAAGCUCGCCUGGCUGCAUCGCUCCUUUUCUACCUCAUCGAACACCCAUCAGAAAUUGAUAACUUGUCCGAAGAUGGUGUCAAGAAGGUAAGGCAACAUUUGUUUUUUGCUAUCCUUACAUUUUCAAAGACAAAGGUUUCGCGAUAG